CCUACGUAUCCGUUGGGGUCGCGACCGUCCAGCUCGUAGCGGUCAUUGAGGUAUAUGGCAGUGGCCAGAGCCUCUUCCGGUGACGCUGUCCACUCCAGGAUCUUCUUGGCCCAGUACAUCCGGAGGAAACCAUGCAUCUUUCCCUCAGACACCAUCUGGAACUACAGGCCACAUACAUCCAGAGGGCAGAGAGAGUUCAAAUAGAGCAGCAGUGUUGCCUAAACCAAUCCUUGGAGUGCCACCUGAUCUGUUGAUCCCAGACUUCCUCAUGUGUGCUGUGUGUAACCAGAGUUCAGCAUUGGUUUAAUGAGGUGCUUUCUCAGAGGGCAGGUUAAUUAGAUGCCAAUGAGAUACAGGACAAGUCAUCAGCACCAGAGGGGCUGGAUGUCCUGUAGCCAGCUAGCUUUCAGUCCAAGAGAAGCCUCAGAGCUUGCAGUGACAGAAACAUCUAUGCUUAGUACCUGUAAGGCAGCGGCGAUCUCUUACAGAUGGGCGUGUCAGUGAGGGGUGUGUACAGAUCCUUAUACUAACCAUGCACUACAAGGGUUGAACUCAUCAAGCUGAGUAGGUAAUAAUGAGAAUUCCAGUUUCAGGAAGAGAAAAUAACUGGCAAUUCAACAACACGCACAAAGCAUAAGCAAAGUUCAUAGGCGCACAGUGACCUAUACAAUAUCCAUGUGUGGGCAGCACACCCAUCUGCAAGGAUCAUUUAGCACAGGCUUGGGAAAGAUCAGGGAGCUGGCCUGACCAGCUUGAUCCAGCCAUAUGAUGAGAGAGCCCAGAGUUUGGGCCUCAACCACUGGGUCACCCACAAAUUUCUAACUGUUAAAAUAAUAAUAAUAAUAAUUGUGCACAAGAGCCACAUAGAAAAAUAAAACUGAAGUAAAGCUAACAGUGGCUGGGCCCAGGCAUGAAUCACAGCGUGGCAACAGUCCGGGCUGCUCAGCAGAAGGCUGAUCUGUGGUGACUGGGAGGCCAGCUGCGCUCUCUGCCUCUAAAGAGUCAAACCACAGUGCUUAACGCAAACUUUCUGCUUUUAGAAACAGCCUCUCAAGUAGAACAUCCUUGUUUAUUUAAGCAAAUAAGAUAGCCACUUAUAAUAAAUAGCUCCUAUACACCACAGACAGCUCUUGAAACUGUCCCAUCUUAAGCUAAUCACCAUGUCUUCCCUUCUCCAGUGUCUCACUACCGAAUUUUGACUUUUGAAAAGAAAUUGAAUGACCUCCAUGACAAACACUGCAGAUAUUCGAAGUUCUUCUUCAUCCUGCUAGUGGUGCCAGAGGCUGUCUUCAGACACCAGAAAACUGGUUAAAACUACUUGUGCGGCGACCGUGGAGACAUGGCUGAUUCGUUUGCCCUUCCAAGCAAGGCAGGUAGAGAGGAAGGCCGGCACGCGUCGCAGCCUGUGAAGGAAAGAGGGAGACUGAAGAGCCCCUCGGGGCCCCACUGUCCCAUCCAGGACAGCUCCGAGAUCACAGCUGUGCUGCGGAGCGAGGCGAAGCUGGAAGCCCCCGUCUCCCAGGUCUGCUCCUUCAGGAGGAUUCCCAUGGCGAUCAGACCCUCCUAUGGCUCAUUGGGGCAGGGAAGCUGGGGAGGACCAAGGGGGGCUCCUCUCCCAGGACCGUCCAGCCCAAAAAAGCUUGCUGCUUGCCAACUGGUGCUGUUCGCCAGCUGCUGUCUGCUUCUCCAAGAACAGAGCUGUGUUGCUGCGGUGAAAGUGAAUUGCUCCAGACCAGACACGUAUUCUCUCUACACAGUCCUUAAUACUGCCCUGAACAACAGUGCCCUCCGCCCAGUCAUUAGCUUAAAGACCCCCACCAACGUUAAUGUCUCCUUCACACUCUAUAGCAUCUUGGGAGUGGAUGACAAACAACAGGUAUUAACAACCUUCAUUUGGCAAGUAUUGGAGUGGGAUAUUGAAUAUUUGAGUUGGGAUCCAGAGCAGUGUGGAACUGAGAGAGUCUCCCUGCCCAGGGUGAUGAUCUGGGUGCCUGAUAUCCUGAUCAAUGAGUUCAUGAGUGACAACAAAUCACCUCAGACCCCAUACGUGUAUAUCGACCACACAGGCCACGUGUACGAUGACAGGCCUUUGAGAGUGGACAGCUCCUGCAGUCUCGAUAUCUACAACUUCCCCUUUGAUGUACAGAUCUGCAGCUUCUCCUUUGGGUCCUACCUGCAUUAUGCCUCAGAUGUGACAAUCAGUCAGGGGCAGCCAGUAGAGUACAUCCUGGAGGAGUCCCUGAACGUGAUGCAGAAUACAGGGGAAUGGGAGCUGGUCAAUAUCAGCGUCAUGGAUCAAACACUUUUGACAAGCAACAGCACCUAUGACAUGGUGGUCUACAACCUGACCAUAAAGCGCAGGCCCAUGCAGUAUGUGGUGAACCUGCUGAUCCCCAGCUGUUUCCUCAUCACAGUGGACCUCUUCAGCUUCCUCCUGCCCCCAGAGAGUGUCGACAGAUCUGCCUUCAAGAUGACUCUGAUCCUGGGCUACACCGUCUUCCUGCUCAUCAUGAAUGACCUGCUGCCAGACACAGGCAGCACAACCCCUCUUAUCAAUGUGUUCUUCUCCAUCUGCCUGGCACUGAUGGUGGCCAGUCUGCUGGAGACGGUGCUCAUCACAAACAUCUUGUACAGCUCUGGCCAGUAUCCCAAUGUCCCACGCUGGAUCCGCAUCCUCGUCCUGCAGUACCUCUCCCGCCUUGUCCUGCUGCCUCAGAAAACGUCCCAAAGCAACAGAGUCACAGUCUUCCUCAAUCCCGGAGUGCAGGAUGUGCAGGUGGUGAAGAGUCUGGAAGGGGGCGGGAAUGUCCCAUGCCAGACGCCGGAGAGCCAGCUGGACCGGGCUGCCGUGGAGCUGCUGAAGAGGCUGAGCCGGGACCUCCAGGCCAUCAGGCAGCACGCGGAAAAACACUUCAAGAGCAGCGACUCCUCCGAGGAGUGGUGCCAGAUCGGGCACAUCCUAGACAGGCUGCUCUUUGCAAUUUACGUCGUCUUCAUCUGUGGCUCGUUCAUCGUCAUCCUGGCCAUCUGGGUGGGGUGGUUCAGGACAUAAGACUGGCAACCUCUGUCCACGGCCCACUCACCACACUGCCAGGACCUUGUCAAGCUCUUUAUGUUCAGAAAACCCUUACUUUAAAUUCUUACACUUCAAAAAUAAGAAUUCCUUACUCUCAGCCUGUCUGCAUAGUAUACUCGCUGCUGCGUGCGAAUAGGUGAAGCUGGAAAGGGCAUUAACACAGUUUAACUUUGGACCACUGAGAUCUGUUUUUAUGGGCUUUUUCACUUCUAAUUCUGUCUCACACGAUGAGGAAUUAAGCUGGACGUGUUUCACAAAUUUGUUCCACAAACCUGGUUGAGCAUCCCCAGACUGGAAUGUAUUAUGAUCUCAAAAUCUAAACUCUCCUUAACUUUAAAAUAAAGUUGUUGGUAUUUUAUCAUAAGCAAUGCAAGAACUGUAGGACUCAUGUAUGUGUCAUGUG